GCGCGGCAGCCACAGGACGCCUGGCUCGGCCCAGGCACCGGAUCGGCGCUUCUCCCCUUCAACGGCCGGCCUGCUGCUCCGAGCCCGCGGUGGCGGCGGUGGCGGGCGGCAUGCGCGUGUGAGAUGCGGCCGCGGGCAGCCCGGACGGGAGCAGCGGCCGCCGCGGUAGCGGAGAAGGCGGGCGCGGCCUCCUCAGCGCGGGGUGCGCAGUGCAUGAGGGCGAGCACGCGGGCGCUGGGCAGCCGCCGGCCACGCCGCCUCCAUAAACACUUGUUUAGGACUCGUUCGCCCCGCUGAGGCCCCGGCGCCCCCGCCAUGGAGGCCUCGCCCGACCCCGAGCCCCACAUCUCGGCCUCGGCCUCGGCCGCGGCGCCGCUGCGCGCCCCGGAGGUGGCGCGACUCCGCGAGGAGCAAGAAAAGGUGGUCACUAACUGCCAAGAGAAAAUCCAGCAUUGGAAGAAGGUAGAUGAUGACUAUUCUGCCCUUCAAGAAAGACUCAGUACCUUGCCUGAUAAGUUGUCUUACGAUAUCAUGGUACCGUUUGGCCCCUUUGCCUUUAUGCCAGGAAAACUUGUUCAUACUAAUGAAGUCACUGUUUUACUUGGGGACAAUUGGUUUGCAAAAUGUUCAGCAAAGCAGGCUGUAGGCUUAGUUGAACACCGGAAAGAACAUGUAAGAAAAACAAUAGAUGACUUAAAAAAAGUGAUGAAAAAUUUUGAAUCCAGAGUAGAAUUUACAGAAGAUUUGCAGAAAAUGAGUGAUGCUGCAGGUGAUAUUGUUGACAUAAGAGAAGAAAUUAAAACUGACUUUGAAUUUAAAGCAAAACACCGAAUUGCUCAUAAACCUCACUCCAAACCAAAAACUUCAGAUAUUUUUGAAGCAGAAUUUGUGAAUGACCUAAAAUCCAAGGAUUUGCUUGCUGAUAAGGAACUGUGGGCUCGGCUUGAAGAACUAGAGAGACAAGAAGAAUUACUGGGGGAGACUGAUAUUGAUAGUAAGCCUGAUGCUGUGGUUGCAAAUGGAGAGGAUACGUCCUCUGAAGAGGAGAGGGAAGAUCAGAACAUACAUGUGAAUGUGAAGCAGCCAGGAACAGACUCUCUCACUCCCAGCGGGUGUGGCCUGAAUGUUACAAACUCCGAAGUGUUCAAUGGCCAAGUGACCAGUCAGUCGAACUGUUCAAUGAGUGGUUUGAAUUCUUCUCACAGUCAUGACGAUGAAGAUGAUGACGAUGACAACGAUGCUGAUGAUGACGGUGGUGGCGACGAUGAAAAUGACCACGACACUUCAGGGGUUGGAGAGAAUUCUAUACCGACAAUAUAUUUUUCUCAUACUGUCGAACCUAAGAGGGUCCGAAUAAAUACUGGAAAAAAUACCACUUUAAAAUUCAGUGAAAAGAAAGAAGAAGCCAAACGCAAACGAAAGAACAGCUCUGGCAGCGGUCAUUCUGCCCAAGAGCUGCCUAUGAUCCGGACUCCUGCUGACAUUUACAGAGUCUUUGUUGAUAUCGUGAACGGAGAAUACGUUCCUCGUAAGUCAAUCCUGAAGUCUCGCAGCAGAGAGAACAGUGUUUGCAGUGAUACCAGUGAAAGCAGUGCGGCCGACUUCGAUGACAGACGGGGCGUCUUGAGGAGCAUUAGCUGUGAAGAGGCCACUUGUAGUGACACUAGUGAGAGCAUUUUGGAAGAGGAACAGCAAGAAAACCAUCAGAAGAAACUGUUGCCCUCAUCAGGAACACUGGAGGCUUUUUCUGGAACUGUAAUAGAAAAAGAAUUUUUGUCGCCCUCCUUACCACCACACCCAGCCAUGGCUCAUCCUCUGCUACCCACCAUCCCAGAACGAAAAGAAGUUCUGUCAGAAGUAUCAGAAGGAACUACAAAGAGGGUUUCAAAGUUCAAAGCUGCCAGAUUGCAGCAGAAAAACUAGGGCCUGCCUAGGAAAUGGGAGUUUGACAUCCUAAAACCUAGUUUUGCAAUUGUUUAGAAUAUGUAUAGCAAUAUACAUUUCCUGUAAUUUGAAAUAAGGCAUCCUGAGUUAAUUUGGCAGCGAGUUCUCUUACUCUUAUCAGUGGUAUUUAAAAAAGUCAAAGUAAAUAUUUAAAUACUUUAAUAUUUGGCUUGUUUUGUUAAUCUCUGAAUAUUGUCAACAGUCUAGUUUAAGUUUGCCUUAUGAUGCAGUGGCAGCAUUUUGCAUUAUUUCUCGAAGAAUACUGUUCAUAUGCACUGUUUUUGUGUUUCGAACUUAAGUACAGGCAGUUUUGCACCAGCUGUGAUGUUGUGCAUACCAUAUGGCCAUUUUAAAGAAACUUUAAAAAUUUCAAAUAGAUUCAACAAUUAUAUUACUUGCUUUAGCAUUUUAAAGGCACUUUAAAAAAAAAAAACCAAAAACCUACUUCUUGUAGGUUUUGCAGCUAGGUGGCUGUCUAAAAAAAUCUCUCCCCCUUUGACUGUCAUUCUGUAAUCUCUAAAGCAGAAAGCUACAUGUACCCAAAGGAAAGUUUCUUUGAUUGGAAGAAUGGUAUUUUGUAAAACUUUUUUUUUAAGUAAAAAUUUUUAUGAAACUUGGUCUCUAAAAUGUUGUGAACUUUGUGAUUCAGAAUUGAAUGUAGAAAUGUCUUUGAUUCAUAUAUAUGCUAUAUGUAUCCCACAAUGGAUCCUUGACUUCUUACAGUUCCAUAUGUAAUUCUGCUUCCCCAGUGUGUGCAGUUUUAACUGGUGUUACAUUUUGGGAGAGAAGGAAAGGUUGUCUAGAUGAUAAAAAUAAAUAAAAUUUUUAAAUAAGAAAUUUUAUGUUUUAAUCUUCCCAACACUUUCAUUCUUUAAGGCUACUUUCCUGCUAGUGAAUAACUGAAUAACAUAUUUACUUUUAGCAAAACUCCUUAAAAUAAAGAGACAUUUAUUCUAACAUUGAAAAUUACACUGCAAGUGUUAAUCAUUAACUUGAUGCAUGCUAAAAUGUAGCUUUUAAAAAGCAUUCUGCAUUAGUACUAAAAUAAGCCAUCAAUGCCAGUCCACCCUCUAUUCAUGGCUAAAUAUUUAAAGGUUAUUUAUAACUUCUUUAAUGAAUUCUUGCUUAAACAAAGUGAAGUUAUGUCCUAGAAAAGUAGAAGCUAUUUGUAACUAGAGCAGCACAACUGUAAAAGUUUUAUGAAUAUGUAUUUUAAUAAUAAGGGGGUGAGCCUGAAUCCCCACAAGUUAAUGGAUAAUUUAGAACAGAGAUUUUAAAAUGCCUAAAAAUAUAGAGGAUUCUGUUCCUUAGUAACUUUUGAUCAACUGCACAUAUAUUUUUUAAAAACUGUUUUUCUCUCAGUCCAUCCCCCACAAAACAGAGAACCAUUAAGAGUACAAUCACAUACACACAAAGGAGCCCCCCACUCCAACUGCUUGUCCAGUGAGCCUUUCUGUGUCAGAUUUUGCCCGAGAAAAAAAAUUGUGGGAUUAUUGUGGUUUUCUUUACAGACGUGUAAUUUCAAGAGUACUGUCAUUAAAUAAUUUUCCAUGUUCUUCAA